AUGGUGACAGAGCAUGGCUCCAUGUAUUCCAGCGCUGCCUAUGUGGUGCUGGUUAUUGCCUUUGGAACGGUGUUGCAUCCUGAGCUCAAGGCAUUUUAUCGCCACGGGCACGGAAGCAUGAAAAACACCGUCUCGGCCAUUGACACGAUCGCGGCCUGUUGCUUUCUCUUCUUGCUGCGCUGUGCAGUGUCGCUGAAGAGUGAAGGCUCUAGCCGACCUUGGUGCGAGAAGCUACGCUGGGCAGCUCCGCCCGGCAUUUUCGUGUUCCUGGUGAUCACUUUAUCCACUUGGGCCAAUUACCUCAGCUACGAGACGUUCGCCCUGACUGCUCCUUCGGAACUGCUCUUCGUGUGGUGCCUGGCUCGCUGCUGCCAACACGAGGAGCGACGGAGACCCGUAGCACAGGACCUCCCUGCGGUGUUCUUCACCACUCUGGGCACCUGCUGCUUGAGCUUCACCAGCUCCAGCUCCCACGCGUUUGAUGCGCUGCUGGCGGCUUUGCUGUGCCGUUGGUGCCAGGCCUCGAUGACUGUGGCCUUGCGGAGCUGCUGCGUCCAUUUGCCCAAGGUCAGCGUUCUGGAGAUUGCACAGCUUAAGCUGAUGGUCACAUCAUGCCUUUGUCUUCCCUAUGCCAUCAUUACUGAAGGUGUUGCGCCAUGGUCUACAAUUGUCUCUUCUUCCUUGUGGGCAGACCACAGCUCUGCCAUGUUGCUCAUUGGCAGUGUUCUGAUCACCAUUGGCUCCUUGGAGAUGAGUAACGUGUCGAUGUUGGGCAAAGCAGUGCAGAAAAGGUCCUUCCGAAGUCCACUUUGCGCGUUGCUGCAAAGCACCUUGCAGCCCUUGACCAGCUGUGUGCUGGUGCUACUUCUGGCAGAUUCACCCUGGCAGAAGAUCUUGGGCCUCAAGCAGCUCCGUGGUACUAUCGACACUUGGAAAGGCAAGCAGCCAGUGUGA